ACAUUCAUUGACUCCUUGUAGGACUUAAAAAGUUUUGACCUUUCUUCAAGUUAUUUUCUUUCUCCAAAGUUUCUCUUUUUGUCCUAAAAUUCGCAAGUUUCCAUGGCUUCUGAAACUGAAGCUCCUGAAAUUUCUUCUUUGUUUGAAAGGUUGUUGAGGCAAAGAGACCAUUCUUUCUUUCUACCUUUUAUCUUGGGAUUCUCCAACGACAACAGUUAUCGUAGCAAUAUCUCAAGAGAAAACCCUGAAGACCCAGAUCAAGAAACAUCCCAGGAAGCAACUUCCCAACGUGAAAGAAUAAUCCUUAUCAACCCAUUUACGCAAGGCAUGGUGGUGAUUGAAGGAGCUUCAAAUUUGGAAGCUUUGCUGCGUGGCUGGGCUAACAAAGAUGGCCAGCCACCUGCUUCAAAGGCAUCCAUAGAAGCCAUGUCAAGUGUGGAAAUUGGUCAAAUUGAAGAUGGAGAGUGUGUUGUUUGCUUGGAAGAGUGGAGGCCUGGUGAGGUGGCAAAGGAGAUGCCUUGCAAGCACAAGUUUCAUGAUGAGUGUAUAGAGAAGUGGCUUGGAAUUCGUGGGUCAUGCCCUGUUUGCAGGUAUAAGAUGCCUGUUGAUGAAGAAGAGAUGGGCAAGAAGAGAGAUGAGGAGAGAAGUUUUGAGAGGGAGAUUUGGGUUAGUUUUUCUUUUAAUAGUGAUAGGAGAAGUGGGGAUUCCAAUCAAGUUCCUUCAACUGAUUCAGAUAAUGUCUCUUCUUUAAGUGCAAGGCCUGGUGAUCAUGAAAUGGAAGGAUAGAAGAAUUGUGUCAGAAUUUUUUUUAGUUGCCUCCAUUUCAAUUUUCUUUUGUUUUUCUUUUUUCAUCUUUGUGGGGAAAUCAUGUACAUAGAAACACGUCUUUUCCUAAGAUAUGUUGAUCAGUAUAAAUAAAUUUAUAUUUUUGUUAGU